CGCACCGUCAGUUAAAGCCAGUCAGUCACUGAUAGUUCAGUUGAAAGCAGGCUAUUGAAUGCCACACGCCGGGCGAUCGGCGCACGCGACAAAAUACGAAUAAAAAAUUACUGGGAUACCACAAGGGUGCGUUCUGGGUACAGUGAUUUUCAAUUCAUACGUUAACACCAUAAUUUGUGCCGUGCAGUGAUUUUUUUGUUUUAUUAUUUUGUGGUCCAGUUUAUGCAGAUGCUGUGAUGCAUGAUAAAAGUGGAGCAGCAAGAUGACAUAGAAAUAACAGUGAAAAAUCGUGUAAUUUAUUUCGAAGUGAAACGAAAGUGGAGAAUAUUUUUUGUAGUGAAGUAAAGAAUAAAUCAGCGUAUAUGUGUGAGAAAGCGAGACUGGAGAAGAUGACGAACAUUUCUCCGGAGACGAGGAUCAUGAUGAUGAGAGGGGAGGACGGCAGGCAGGGCUACAGGCGACAGAUCCUGGCAGCGCUGGCGGUGUCGCUGGGCCCGUUCGCCGCCGGGCUCAGCAAGGGCUACAUGUCGCCCGCCAUCGCCUCCAUGCAGGAGUCCAAGCACGACUGGAGCUUCACCGUCAGCGACCAGCAGGCCAGCUGGAUCGCUAGCUUGAGCUUGUUGGGUGCGCUGAUAGGCGGCAUCCUGGGCGGGCUGGCGAUGCGGCUGGGGCGGCGCACCAUCCUGCUGGUGUGCGCGCUGCCUUACACGCUGGCCUGGCUGGCCACCGCGCUGUCCACCAGCGUCGACAUGAUCUCCGUCACCUCCUUCUGCGGGGGCAUGCUGGUCUGCUGCAUCACCAUGAUCACUCAGGUCUACGUAACAGAAAUAGCGGUGCCAGAAAUACGAGGAUGUCUCAGUUCAGUAUUGAAGAUUUUAAGCCAAAUCGGCAUCCUUAUCUCUUUCUCCCUCGGAGCCUACUUAAACUGGCAUCAGCUAGCUUUAGUAGUUGCUGCUGCUCCAGUUUUACUCUUCCUGGCUCUUCUAUUUAUCCCCGAAACGCCGUCUUCUCUUCUUCUUCGAGGAAAAGAAGAAGAAGCAGCAGAUUCGCUUCAGUGGCUCCGCGGACCCGAUGCUGAUAUCCGACAAGAACUAGCGACGAUCAGAACGAAUAUUCUAGCGAGUAAGCAUUACAAUGAAGGACAAACGGGCAAGUUGAAAGCUCUUCUAUCUAAAAGACUAACUCGACCAGUGUUGAUCACAUGUGGACUAAUGUUCUUCCAAAGAUUUACUGGAGCACACGUUUUUAACUUCUACGCUGUGCCAAUGUUCAAGAAGACAUUCCGAAUGAUGAAUCCUCACGGAGGAGCGAUUGCAACAAGCGUCGUACAGCUCCUAGCUUCGUGUUUAUCCGGAAUGCUAAUAGAUCAUGUCGGUAGGCUACCCUUGCUCAUGAUAAGUGGUGUUAUGAUGUCCAUAGCUUUAGCCGGUUUUGGUUCCUAUGCGUAUUACGAGGACGUAUUCAGAAAUUCCACGGAUUUGACUCAAGUUGAGCCGGGGUCGUACGACUGGAUUCCUUUACUUUGCGUUUUGACGUUUACGAUAGCUUUCUCUCUUGGCAUUAGUCCUAUAUCAUCUUUAUUGAUUGGAGAACUAUUCCCUCUAGAAUAUAGAAGUACUGGCAGUGCACUGGCGACGAGUUUUAGUCAUCUGUGCGGUUUCGUUAACGUCAAAACUGCAGCAGAUUUCCAAGAUCAUAUCGGCUUGUAUGGUUUAUUCUGGUUGUACGCUGGCAUUUCUGUUCUAUGCCUCCUCUUCGUCGUUCUUUUUGUGCCCGAAACAAAAGGAAGAGAAAUUGACGAGAUGGACCCAAAAUACGUAGAGUCUUUGUGUAUAAACCGAUAGUAUUAAAGUCUUGCAACUUGUGGUUGCAAAUAUAGACUGAUUUGCCUUGUAGAUAGUUGAGAGGUGUGUUUAGAAAGUGCACAAAUUAAAAGUGUCGCUUGGAGAAGUGACAUGGAGCCAGAAAUGAAGCCCUUACCCAGUAUUACUUGUUAGAAUAAUAUAUUUUAAGAUUUUUUUAUCAGUGCCUUACGUACACGUGUUUAUGUAGAUAGUACCUACAUCACAAGUCCUUAUAGUAUUAAAUUAAUUAUUACUGUAUUAAUGUAGAUUAAAGUUCCUUAAAAUUUAUUUAACAACGACGCUUAUUUAUAUUGAAACUGAAAAUCAAACAAAAUUCAAUGACAUUUUAUCUUAUGAUGAAAGAGAUCUGCACAUUAGCUUCUCAUUUUUUAGCCUAUAUAUUCAUUUAUCGCUCUAAAAUCUUUAUGCCAAAUACAACGAAAAUAACAAAGUUUUUUAUAAUUCAGUUCUUAUUCUAAUAAUUAAAAAAUAUAUAUUAUUGUACAUAUAGAUACGAGUAAGUUCAUAUUGUUAUAUUAAGAUAAGUGAAAAUUCUUCCCAAUGUCUUCGAAACUUUGUAUGCUAUUUAUUCCACUUUUGGAUACAAAAAGUUAAUAGAAAUGUGAUGAAUAUUUUUACAGUAUUGAUGAAUUAUUUCGAGUAGAUUUUAAUAGAUUAGUGUGAUACAUUUAAUAAGUGUUGUUUUGUGACGUGUUUAUGUAUCGUUAUUAGCAGAUAAUACGGCGUUUUUAUUUUUUAUCAAAUCGGGAAUUACGUAAUUUUAGUGGAUUAAUUGUCAAAUUACGUAAUAAUAUAUCACACUUUAAUUGGUUUCUAUAGACUUGUUUGCUAAAACAUUCGUAGGCUACAUAAAAAUUUACGUCGAUUAUUAUCUGCCGAUUCGAAUAUACAAAGUUGUAUUAGAUGUGAUGUUUCAAAUGUAUCAAUCGUGAAAAUGUAUAUUGUAUUAGAAAUGUAUGUGAUAUUACGUAAAACUUAAUAACAAAACUUAUGUAGCCAAAAUAUAUAUCUGUUACAUUUGGUUUGGAGUACGCUAAGAGUUUUUGUGGCGAAAGUUGAAACUGUGGUGAAUAACUAUAGAAUAAUUAACAAUUGCUAUCGUUUUCAGCAUACGAAUAACGCUAAAUCUACCUAUUUACAUUAUGCUUGCUAUAUAGCAAUACGUAAAGUCGUACACAAAUGUGACUGAAAAUACCAUUUUGAUUUUAGUAGAGAAACACAAGAAUAAUGUUUGAAGGUAUUGAGAGGCCGGGUAAAAAUUAUUUUUUUAGAUAUAUUAGUUCAAAUGUACAUAUUUAACUGCACAAAACUUAGCCGAUAUUGAUGCGAUGUUCGCAAGAAUAUACUCAUAGUUUUGUAAUACAGGGCCUGUACUCGUAUAAAGUGUAGUUGAAUUAAAAAGAAAUGGUGCUAAACUGGUGCCUUCGAUACGUAUAAACAAAUAAUGUAUAAAUUUGCCCAAUCUAGCUGUUCAGACGAUACAAUUAGUUAUAUAAUAAUAAAUUAACAAAAUAAAAAAAAUUCAAAUCGAUAAAACAAAAUUAAAUAUGAAAUUAUAAAAUAAAAUUAAGCUCGUUCUUCAAACACGAAAUUCAAGUUUAUUCCCUCUUUGUACGAAAAGAAAGUUGUUGAAACGAUUAUUUCUGUUAUUAUUUUAUUGUUACUUUAUUUAAUUUAUUUACAGUAAAGUAUUUUUUUGUAAAAAUAACUUAUUAAAUGCUCGAUAGCCUCAUUCUUGAACAUUGCCAUUCUGAAUAUUUUAUAUACUUUACUGGUUUUAGAUAUUUAGCAGGUUAUCUAUACCUAUUUUAAAUUUAGAUAUGAGACGCUGUUACCUGCUAAUGGAUCUUUACAGCUAGUUUGAGCACAUUUUAAUAUGAAAUUGUUAUAUUUUCGAUGUUGUAUAUAAAAUAAUUAUAUUUAGUUGUAAGUUUGUACAUAAUAUAGAUAUUUAUGUAAUCGUUUUACAAAAUUUUGCCAUAUUAUAUAUCGAUCGGUAUACUCUGUGUACUGUAUAGUGUAUGUUGUCAAUUGUACUUAAAAAGUAGAUGAUUUUAAGUGUUUUAAUAAAAUGUUUUCAAACAUAAUUUAU